AUCUCUCGCUAUAAAUCUGCUUGUCUCUUGCAAACGCGUACAUUUAAAACCAAUCAGAUAAAGGCGUGAUAAGAAGAAAUGGGCGGUGUACUCAUAGAAGGCAGUUUCUAUCCUUAUAGGUGUCCAUCUGUCCAUUCAGCCUGGCGAGAGAGGCACUCAAGCGCAACAAUGGAAUCAAAGCGGCAUGAACGCAGCUCCAAGUCCAAUACAGACUCACCACCUGCUCCACCUUCGCCUCCUAUCUAUAGUGCAAGUUAUACAGCGUAUGAUGGGUACAAAAACAGAAUGUCGUCACGUCGUUCACCAUCACCUUCGGAGUAUAGAAGCAGUAGAACUUCCCGAAAUGAUUCACCACAGGAUAGACGUAGAAGAAGACGCAGUACUUCAAAAUCUCCUCCAAGUAGAUCACAUAAACGAUCUCGAUCCCCUGAUAGAGAUAAAGACCGAGAUAGGGAUAGGGACCGAUCGCGAAAAUACUCUAGAAGAGAUAGAUCAAGAUCUAGAUCAAGAGGAAGGUCACGUUCUAGAGAUAGAAGACGCAGCCGUAGUCGCAAUAGGAGUAGGGAUAGACACAGAGGUAGAGAAAGCCGUAGGUACCAUAGAGCACCAUCGUAUGAAUCGGAUACUGCUGAAGAUAAUACUGAAGCAACCACACCACAACCAGUUGUUCCUCCACAGUCUAACGCUUUCAAGAACGAUGGUAGUUUUAUGGAAAUGUUCAAAAAAAUGCAAGAACAAAUGCAACCCGCACAAAAACCGACGACUUCUGUUUUGGAGGAAAAAACUGUAGUUCCUCCACCUUUAAUGGUGGGAAAGAGGCGAGGAGGGAGAAUUUUAAAAACUGGAAUGGUUGCUAAACCAAAGACUGAACAAACUGUUGAGCAACCCAAGGAUGCUUGGUCACUCUACAUGGCGGAAGUAAAAAAAUACAGAGAAGUUUGUUGUCAAGAAGAGGACAACACAAGACCAUUGGUCAAAUAG